AUGUCCGAGCCUGUUGAAAGCCAUCAAAUCAAGGACGAUAUACAAAAAGCUUAUGAUGACAUUGCCGACGUUUACUUGAGCUGGACACAACCUUCUCACGCAGUACGUCUUUCCUAUCUGGAAAAGAUGCUUCGAUCCCUCGAUCCCGCAAAGGCAAAGAGGAGAAUGAACAUCCUCGAGCUAGGCUGUGGCGCCGGAGUGCCGUGUACUCAACAUUUGGCAUCCCAUGAAUCUAUUAGCGUCACCGCAAAUGACAUAUCCAACGCACAAAUCGCCCUGGCAAAAGAGUCACUGCCUGAGUCUGUCAACCUGAUACAGGGGGACAUGAUGGAAUUGGACUUCACUCCGGAGCAUUUCGAUGCAGUCACGGCCAUGUACUCUAUUUUCCAUCUGCCACGCGAUGAACAAAGUGUGAUUCUUCGUCGCAUUUUUACUUGGUUGAGGCCUGGGGGACGGCUCCUCGCGAAUUUCCCUGAGACUGGAUUUGAGAGUUCUUCUGAUCGGUCAUGGUUAGGCGGUACUAAGGGGGCAAUGCAUUGA